GGAGAAGAAUUAGAUCAGGCACGAUUUAUGGAGUCCAACAUUUUUCUCGCUCUUGACCGCGACAUGAACAGUGCCAGAAGUAGAGAAUCGAAAGGUCAACGCGAUGGCGUUGGGGGAUUCCAUAUAUGAGCUUUGUACGCUGUUUUUGGAGAUGGUUUUUGAAGAAUCGAAAGGUCAACGCGAUGGCGUCACUGUUCAUCUGCGAACUCAAUCGUAGAUUUAUGGUGUCUCGGGCAAAUUUGAAGGGUGAAAAUGCUCCAAAUCCGUUCAUCACAUUUGAGGCUACUAGUUUUCCUCCAGAAAUACUCAGAGAUAUGUGCAAUAUCUGCUCCCGAGGAGGAGCACAUGUCGUACGUUGUAUUGCUAUGAAAUGCUCAUACACUUCCACAACCAGUAUUUUGAGUUUUUUGAGGCCGCAAAGUGGAUAGUUGAAGCCUCAUGCAUAGCUUCUUGAAGAUAUACUCUUUGAAAAAAAGAUGUUAAAUUCAAGAGAUGGAGAAUUGGGCCAAGCUUUAAUGGAUUGAAGAUUUAAAGUCCAAGUGCAAGUCAAGAUCCAAUUGCUAUACAAAUUCUAUCUCAAUUCUCAACCCAACCCACAUUAAACCUAAAAAAAGAAGAGAGACAUGAUGGGUAUAAAGAGAGAGGAGCCGCAUCAUAUCAAGGGGGCUGGAAUCGAGAAAAAACGGAAAAAAAGAGAACGGAACAGAGCCGAGGCAGUGAGAGCAGCGGCGACCUGGUGCGGCCGCGGCGGCGACGGCUCCUGAGCGGCUCCAGCUUCUCCUUUUCUUCCAAUUUCAGAGUUUAAUUCUUCCCUUCUUCUUUAAUAUGUCAAGUUUUACUAUCAAUCUUGUUGAAUUUUA